AAGCAAUCAGAAAUUUCCAGAGGCAGAGGAACGGGAAGAGAAGCGAUGAGGUAGUCAGUCAGUCAGUGAGAGAGUGAGUGCGAGCGAUGCUCUCGUCUCGUCGUCUUGCGGCGAGUAUAAAACGCGCUUUCCGUCAGCCGGAUGUCGCCAAUCUCGCACAGAGCGUCUUCUUCUCGAGAGCUGGAAGAAAGCCGCGCGUCCUUCUCGAUUGCGAUUCGAUACUGCAGCGUUGCGUUGUCGAGUCGGUGGCGCUCAGGCGUGCAGGCCGAGCGGAGAUGAGAGACGAGCCGUGGAAUCUGUCGGAGGAGAAGAUGCUCGGAAGAAGAAGCGGAGCUCGAGCUUGAUUGAGCCCGGGAGUCGGGGAGUGGAGAAGUAGAAGAGGAUCAAAGGCUCGAAGCGCAGUGGAGCUGCUGUCUUUGCCUUGCUCCUCGGGGUUGGGUUGGGUUUGGGCGAUUGGGGUCGUGGUCGUUGUGGAGACUAGCGCCAGUCGUCGUUGAUUCGGUUUGAGUUUGAGUUUGAGUGCGAGUGAGUGAGUGUGAGCGGCGGGCGAGGUGAUUUGGGCGGCAAUCAGCACGCCGAGACACUGCAGGUAGCCAGUCUGAGGUUAGCCGAGAACGUCCGGAUUGCCUCGGGCGCUCUCUCUUGUGCGGGCAAUUUUGACCGCGGGUGGAGUUCAUCCCGUCCUUCGUUUUCUUUCUUUGUUCUUCCGGCAUCUUGGACUUCGUUGAGGCCAUCGUUGUUCUUCCUUCGCGCGGGACGCUGCGAGAAAUGCCCCUUCUCGACUUUCGUUUGAAGCAGAUUUGUGUGCAGUAGGGGAGAGAAGCGAUUGCAUUGCGUAGAUGCGGUAGCGGAUUGGGAUUGUGUGAUCGCCGGACGAGAAGAUAUAAAAAGCACGGCUGCUGCAGUUUGGAAUGGAUUUCUGCGAGUGGUGGUUUGAGUGUGCAAGAUUGUAAGGUUCCCGCACGCGUGCACAGGAAGAAAGACUGGGUGCUGUUUGUUUUAGAGGGCGAUGGGAAUUCGUGUGGAGCUACCGAGUAUUCGUAGGAGGAAGGCUGUUGGUAUGAAGGGAGAAGCGGAUAGUUUCGCAGCCGCGACAAUUGGCUGGGACGCCGAUCUCCGGGCUGUAGAUCGGCAAUCGCUCGACAUAGAUAUUUCUGAACUUACUCCUCCUCGUAUCAAAAAUCGUCCUCCCGGUAUUCAAACUUCGACGACAUUAGCGAAUGCUCUUGCGGACAGCCCAGACUCCGGCAAGCAUUUAAUUUCCCCCUGCUCUUUGGAUGGGGGACGUUCCUCUGACCCGGCGUCUCCUCUCUCCUGCUCCACUCAGUCCAACUCUUCUCCGAGUUCGAGCAAUCAAGGCUGCGCUGACGCAUACCGCCGGCGAAUGAAGAAGAGAUGCGACAGCCAGGGCUUGAAUCCACUGAGCUUUUCAUGUAGGGGUAGCCAGCAGCAGGAGCGACCGUCGAGGUGGGAUUCCGCGCGUUGGAGUGCAACCUCCGACUUCGGCUCAUCCUCGCACGGCAAGAGGAAUGCGUGCUACUGCGCUGCAGGGGUGACCGGGGAUGUUGCGGCAGUGUGCUGCUGCCCGUUUUCGCUUCUCCAUCUCCUCGCUUUGGCCCUCAUCAAGCUCCCCACCGUGGCCGUGAGCAAGCUGGUGAGGAAAAUCAAGCGCAGAAUCGUCAUUCGAAGGCGGACCGCUAUUCACGAGGACGAGAAUGAUAGUGUCGUUGCUCCUUCGUCGUACCCACCCUCGAGGUCCAGGUCGUACGAAGAAGGAGAGGCGCAGACCUGGGCGCCUACCUUAGGGUUCGGACACUACGGGGACAGUGAGAGCGGGGAGUACACUCUCGUUUCCCAGGCGUCCUUGCGAGCCGAGAUCUUGCCGAAGGAGGCCGCCAGAGUCAAAGUCUGAGCGGGUCCGUGCAAAUUGAUUGUAGGAAUUUGCACAAUUGGGAAGGUCUACGCUCCUUCCUGCAAUUAUUCAUCGACAUUUUCCAGUCUUGCUCCUCGCAGUUGAACGAGCUAAUCCAGCUCGUUCGCUUCAUCGAUGCUGGAGCGAACUUGAAGUCGUUGCUAGGGGUUGUGAAGCUGCUUUGGGUCGUGAGCAAUGGAUUUUGAUUCGUGGAGCCUAGAGUACAGACGCUGGCCGAGCGGGUCCAAAUUCGGAGGGUGUAUAUAGAAAGGACGUCAUGAGAGGAUUGUGCAACUCUUGCCUCACUGCGGUGGUGGCGAUGGUAGUGAUUCCAGGUUGAGCGUUCCGACAGCUUCAUUGUUAUUUAUUCUAGGAGAACGUUCGAAUUGUGCUUCGCCUUCCUGGUGUGGAGUGUGCAGAAUUGUAAACCUCAAACUCAGUGGUCAACCCGGUUCCAAUCAUCCCGGCGUGGGAAUACAGUCUUCAAUUCGCAAGAGAACACGCUUGGCUUUUGUCAUGUAUAAACAAAGGAUUCCCUCUUGAUGUCUUCGAUGCGCAGCGAAUGCCGGACCGGCUGUGUCGAUGGUCGUCGCACAUCCUCAUGUACGGCGACCAUGCAGAAGUCGGCAUCUGUGGAGGAUUGUAGACAGUAGAGUUACCGGAGCUGCGAGGAGAAAUCAUUUUGGAGUUCUAUAGUGAGGAAUUGUCACCGAGCCGUGAAUCGUGUAGGCAGUCUACAUUUUUUGAAAACUAUUUUUGAUACGAGAUUAGGCGAUUCUUACAGGGCUUUGUAUUUGUAGCGAUAUAUUGUAAGUAUGUUCUCAGAAACGGUUCUUGCUCUCAAGAAUUGGGCAUAGUGUAAACAGCGAGCCAAUCAAUUAAUCAAUCAAUGGCCAUACAAUUACCAUU